UUGAAUACGUUCUUCCUUUUCCGGUUUAUCAGAGUCAGCGACAGGUAACUAUGGGGGCUUACAAGUACAUGCAAGAAAUAUACCGCAAGAAGCAGAGCGAUGUGCUCCGCUUUCUCCUCCGAGUUCGAUGUUGGCAGUACCGCCAACUGGCGUCAAUCCAUCGUGCACCGAGGCCAGGCAGACCUGACAAGGCAAGACGUCUUGGGUACAGAGCCAAGCAAGGUUACGUCAUCUACCGCAUCCGUGUUCGCCGUGGUGGACGCAAAAGGCCUGUACCUAAAGGUGCCACAUAUGGCAAGCCCCACUCCCAUGGAGUUAACCAGCUGAAGUUCCAGCGAUCUCUUAGAUCAGUAGCAGAGGAACGAGCUGGUCGCAAAUGUGGGGGUCUACGAGUCCUCAACUCUUACUGGGUGGCUGAAGAUGCCAGCUACAAAUUUUAUGAAAUAAUCAUGGUGGAUCCAUUCCACAAAUGUAUCCGCUCAGACCCAAAGAUUCAAUGGAUCUGUAGACCUGUUCACAAGCACAGAGAACUUCGUGGGCUUACCUCCGCUGGCAAGUCUUCCAGAGGUCUUGGCAAGGGCCAUGGAUUCAACAAGACCAUGGGUGGCUCACGUAAGGCUACCUGGAGGAAGCACAACUCCAUUAGUCUUCGCAGGAAGCGUUAACACUUUUUUUUCCUUUACAAUAAUUAUUUUUCAUCUUCAGGUGUUCAUUUUUAUUUCAUGUCAAGUGAGGGUUGUAAUUGAAAUAAAUGGAAUGCCAUGUGCAACAAAAAA